AUGGGUUUGCAGAAAGGUAAAACCACUGAAUUGAAGUGCUCUCACAACGUUGUGGACGACAACAAAAUUAAUGACUCGUUGGUGACAGAUGCUGCUUUUGUUUUUGUGUCGAGAGAUCCAGUUGGCCUGGGACCUACUCCAGUGAAUCCCUUGAAAAUUGAGUCCCCCGAAGACCAGCAUUAUUUUUCGAAAGGUGCCGCAAACACCGAGAUGCGGAAGCGGUUUGAGGAGAACAACUUGUUCCGGACGUUGCCGAACAAGGAAGAAAGCGAAUUGCUCCACAGACAAUUUCUCGCUUCCGUCGAGUCGCGUGUGUUUCGCGGGGAAACCGACAACCGAUUGGUCGCAGCUAGAGGCGGCAUCUAUGCGCGAGACACGCAAUCUGAGAACGUAAUGAUCUGCCAUCCUGAAGACAAAAAUUUGAACAACAAAAUUUUUGGCGGACGAAUGAUGCGACAAGCGUUUGAACAUGCCUGGGGGGUCGCUAUGCUUCAUUGCCGUGGUCGACCGAGGUUAGUCUGCAUUGACGACAUUUGGUUCCGAAAGCCAGUCGACAUAGGUUCCCUCGUUCAAUUUGUUGCACUGGUGAGUAGCGACACCUGGGACGUUUAUAUAGUACAAGCAAAAAGGCGAAGUGUGAAAUGUUUCGGGUAG